AAAUAGUAAGUGAGUAAUUCUAGAAGUACAUAAUGGUAUAGUAAAUCGUUUUAAGCAUCUAACCAUGAAUACAUGCAGCAGCAGCAGAAUAUAUUCUUUAACAUCAUAUGAAGUAUAGUUUUUGUAUUUGUUUCAUCGAAACUUUAAACAGAACAAUCUGUCCAUUGGUGCAAGCAAUAUAAUACACUUUGUUUACCAUGAAUCGCUGCGAAACUGUUACGCAGAAAAAGACAGACUCAUCAAACAUAACCGAUUUCUAACCAAAUCGCGUUUGCGAAAUUGUCAACAAGAGCACUGGAACGGUGCGCUGGUGUGAUAAGCAGGCUGAUUGACACUAUCAUGCAGUGUCGAAUCUUACAUAGCAGCUGCAGUGUUUUCACGACCAGCUUAUCAGGCCAGACGCUAUUGCUUUCGUCUGUUUUCGUUCUUGACCGACGCGAUCCGGUACGAUUAUUCUCCGUCCAGCAGUGGAUUAAAGUAGACGUGAAAUUUGUUUCAUUCCGAAACAGCAACUAUGGUGCAUAUUAAGGCAACACUUUUGGUCAUUUUGGCGCUCACAACAGUGGCGUUCGCCUCACCAAGGUUUGCAAGAGAUGCCGAUUCUUCCUCGGAGGAGUCUGCCGAAACGGGUGAAAUUAUGAAAGAGCUGCAGGAAUUUUGCCGUAACAACAGUGGCUCCGAUGCAGCCUUCGUUACGCUGAUGGAAUCGGCCCAGACCACCUUUACGUGCUUUGUCGGUGCCAUCGAUUUGGACGCGUUCAUGAGCGACCUGUACACGCUGUCGAAUGAAACUCGGUCGACGUUUUUCCCUCGCUACUGUCCUCAGCUGCGGACGGCCUAUAAGUGUACCGAUCAGCUGUUGAAUGAUUUCCGUCCGUGCCUCGAGGAGGAUGACUUCACGAUCGUGCAGGCACUGUCCGGCAUCAUUCCCGAUGCCGUGGAUCUGAUGUGCAAGAAUGAGGGAGAAAUCUUGUUCAAGCUUGAAGAACCAAAGUACGCGGACUGUGUUGCCAAGAUUGGAGACAACUUCAAUGAGUGCAUCAACACGUUCCUCAACGGAACUGAUGACUGGGAUAUCUCUCACCUGAACCAGGAUCAGUGCAACACCCUCACCGGUUUCCGGCAGUGCGUGGAAAGCAAGCUGAGCAUUUGCAAGGCACCGGAACUAAUCAGCGUGUACGAUCUGUUCCACAACACUCUCUUCCGCAUGACGCCGUGCCGUAACUACGUGGAUGUUCCCAAAGUCGUGGUCCUUGAUAACAACGAACUUAACGAGGUUUAGCUCGGUACAAGCGACUUGCUACCAUCGUACUAUCAGGUUUGGGUUUUUUAGAUUAGAGGGGUUUUGUUUCUGUAAAAUAAACAAAAAUGAUUCUGUAUUGAAA